AUGAAUGUGGAUUUGCCCGUCCUCUUGCCAUUUGGUUUUAAUGAAGAAUACCAAUCUUUGUUCGCAGAAAAGUAUGGUGUAAAGAAACAACAUGAGCCAUUGCAUUUCCAUGUCAUGUCUUUACGCGAAAUAUCAGCCUUGCAACGUUUACGCGCUCGCAAGUUGGCCCUCCCAGCGGCAUCUGUCACGGACUCUGCUCUGAACAAACAUCGUCGAAUCCGGAAACCUAAGAAGAUCAAGAUGAGCCGAAAUAGCGACAGAGAAAAGCGCAGUCACUCAGUAGCCAUACCUAAACCACCCGUGUCUCCAUCCAGAGCCCCCAAGAAUCCUCUGCGAUCGAUGCGCGACACAAAGAGAAACCUGGAAACUGACACGGAUCGACGCUUGGGAGCCUCUUGCGAGAUACCAAUCAUACUUGACGACAAUUCAGCGCAGUCGGGGACACCAGGCAAAUUGAACCCUAGGAUGCGUGACGCUAGGGCGUCUCCCAAACUCAUCUUGCGCGACAUCUCACCUACGCAUGAUCUUCGAGAUACUACGUUUACAAAAUUGCCUGGUGAUCGCUACGGAACUACAAACAGUGGAGAGAAAGACAUGAGAUUGGUAGACAUAGACGACUUUGAGAUGAGAAAAAAGGUUGCGCAGUUAAUGGCUGUGGCACCAGCACUACCAGUCAGAGAUCUAUAUUAUCUUAUCAUCGAUAGUGAGGGUCGUCUUUCUAAAGCCAAGAAAAAGGCUAUCCGGAUGAGCGAAGCACCAGAUACAUUGCGCACGUCCACACAACUCUCCUUACAACCACAAACACUUGUUAAUAAAUCAGAUAUAGAAGGUGCCAUAGUCAAUAACAGCAACUCGGAUACACAAAAGACUAUGAUUAAGAUAGAUCUGAGUGAUCCCAUCUUCAAGUGGGAUGAGGAUGAACCAGUACCAGAGCCACCACCGACGGCAAAGCCUGGUCGGUCAAAGUCAGCCACUAAGAAUAAACAAACACAAAGUGCACACUCACAUCAUUCCGCGAAAGAAUCAAAACGCAAGACUCCAGCAACUCAGACACCAUCAUCUCAAAGUAAAAAGUGCCCAAAAGUCUCGCAUUCAAAACCAACAAGCAUACGAGAGACCAGCAGUGACCGAGACUUUAUAGUUGCUGACGGCGUGGUGCAUUAUGUUUCAGACUUUGACGACUCUGACGACUUUUUCCUUUCGCGUAAUGUCAUCAUACCCAGCAGGACUCGGAGGCAGAGACGUAAAUUUAGUAUGAUUCGAGAAGCCAUGAAACUUUAUAUCAGAUGGCAGCUUGACAGCAUGGACUAA